AUGGGAGGCUCCGACAUCAAGCACGACUCAACCACGCGUUCUGGCACUGAAGCGUUGUCGACCUCGGUCUCUGACACACAGCGCCAAACAGAGACGGAUAUGUCGAAGGUGCACGUUUCCGAUUUGGCGCAACGGCUGCUACCGCAAGCGUCGGGAAUUGGCGAGUAUGCUAUGUUUGAUCGAGAUGCAGUAGCGGUGCACGCAUCGCCACGGUCAUUCGCCAAGGAUUUCGAGCGCGAACAGGUGCGCGCACUGCUCGACGUGUUCACGAGCGCCACAGCGCCCAGUGUCAGCACAGAGCUGCUCAAGCAACACGCCAAGUCCAUCACGCUCGCCACUACCGACUACACGCUAAGUGGUCCCAGAGGCGCACAACAUCCGCUCGAAAUCAUCACAUUGCACCCAUCCCAUGCGCACGCCCAGGUGCUUUUCGCUGCGCCCACAGCAACCUUGUUGCUCGUCUUCAAAACCGCCCCCGACACAGACGCGUCGUACCAGAGCAACGAAAAACAGGGCGUGUGGACUGCCGUGCGCUCGUUCGCGUCUGCUCUCUCGCAAAUCGGUCUCUAG